AUGCCACGGUCGCGGGGCUCCACCUCAGCUGAUCAAGAGGCGCUCUUUGAGGUUUGGCGCUCGGCAGUGGAGGCCACACACGACUUCUUGCAGGCAGAAGAUUGCGCAGCGAUCUCCGAGCAGGUUCGCAGCUAUGUGGCGACCUCUCACUUUCAGGUGGUCGAGGAAGAAGACUUCGCUCAAAUUUCCACGGUUUCUUCGAAGAGACCGGUGGCUUUCCUUGGGGCGACGAAGAACAAGAUUGAUUCCUUGUUCGUGCAUGCUGACUACAUGGGACAGGGCAUUGGAAAGGCACUUUUGUGGCAGACCAUCGUGAGCUUAUUCGAUGAGUUUGGGGAAGUCUAUGUGGAUGUGAAUGAGCAGAAUGAGCAGGCUCAUCGCUUUUAUCUAAGCCAAGGCUUCAAACAGGAGAUUUGCAUCGUUUUGGAGAUGCCACGUGCCGCUUUCAUCGCGGCUCUGGAGGAUCAUCCGGAGGAACAAGAGCACUUCCAGAAGAUUGGGCGCCAACACGGCGUGGUGGUCGCCAGUACUCAGUGGCCACUUUUUGAGGGUGCUUCCCAGAAACUUCUCUCCCUCAUCAACCUCUAUGCCAGGAAGCAUAUCACCGCGAAAGGCCACUGGUCCACCUUCAACGGAGAACAGCUUCCGGAACACGCGGCGAUCCUGGUGCUGCGCGGCGAGAUCCGAAUGGUGACGCCCGACAAAGGAGAGUUGGUCUUCACCGAGGGCACCUGCUUCAACGAGCAGCUGCUCUUUGGCUUGCCACCGUUGGAUGGGCGCUUGCAUCCUCAGGGCAAUUGCGAGGUUCAGAUCAUGACGGCGGACAUCUUCGACCGGGUCGUCGCGGAGUGUCCUCAUGAAAGGGACUUCAUCAUGCAACGCAUCGUGAACGAGAUCGCGCGCAAGGCCGAGCAACACAUGGGCUUUGGACGAGGUGAUCCCGGCGGCGCCCUCGUGCUGAGCACCGUGAUCCAGGUGGCCGCGGACGACUUCGCGGACCAACUGCGGCGGCGCAUCGACGCGCGGAUCUACGAGCCGGGCGCGGUGAUCACGGAAGCUGGACAGGAGGGCAACUGCAUGUUCGUGCUGGUGGAUGGAGAAGCGGAGAACGAAGGUGAUGGCUUGUGCCAUGGCAAAGCACUGCCAUUGAAGGUGGGCAGCGUCUUUGGUGAAUCGGUCUUGCUGGGUGUGGUGCGUACCUAUCCGAACCGCACCAGAGCAUUGACGCGCUGUAUUGCUUUGGCCCUCACACAGGAAGUCUUUCACCAGGUCCUGGAAGAGUUCCCCUCGCACGUGGAGCUGUACAACCACAUGGCCAUGCAGGGCCAUCAGACGGAGGUUGGAGCCUCUGAAUUGAAUGUCCAGUUGGGGAAGAGCCGCGCCUUCUCCAACGUCAGCAAGGACUUCUUGAUGGUGGUCUGCGAGCGUGCAGAUGAGGUCUACUUCGGCCCCGGUGAUGACAUCUUUCGGCGGGGCGAGGCCUGCAAACUUGGAGAGGCCUUGAUGUAUAUCUUGCUGCAAGGAGCUGCCAUCGUUGAAGGAGAAUAUGGCGAUGAACUGGGCAGGCUGAACUCCGGUGAUGUCGUUGGCGAGGGCGGUGCCCUUGGCAUUGCCCCCAUCCGCGGCGCCACCGUCCGGGCCUGGCGGGACAGCCUGGUGCGCGCCGUGCGGCUCCACGGGAGCUCCGUGCAGAGGGCUGUGACGGCCUUCCCCGACGAGUACGAGUCGUUGCAACAGAUUUUCCAGAAGCGUGCUUCGGCCAACAAGGAGGUCGAGCGUGUACGGCAGAAGUGGCUGCAAGAGCAGGUGAUUCCCGCUCUGAACACUUGUCGGAUCUUCCAAGGCUUUCCCGAGCCGAUCAUACGGAAGAUCGCCGAGCACUUGCUGCAAGCAACCUACACUUGCGCCUUGGUUCGGGUGGACCAAAACCUUUGGGAGGAGGGUGACCGUGCAAUGAGCCGCUGUGCCGGUUCUUCCAAACGGGGUCCGUCCGAGCCGCGGUGGGUCGAGUCGAAGCGAGGGCGGCACGGCAGUUCGCGGUGGUCUUGGCCGUUUCUGUUGGGGUGGAUGAUGUGGAUGGGAAAGACUCCAGUGGUCUGAAUCAUUGAGGGUGACUAAUGGUUGUUGAGACGUGUUGUCUUUCUUUUUCCUUUGAGAUGGACGUGUGACACCCGCAGCAGUUGUAGAAGGAUGAUGGUAGAGAG